AUGACGAGUUGUCGCCGUCUUGAAGGCAAAGUUGCAAUUGUGACAGCGUCCACUAAAGGAAUCGGUCUGGCAAUCGCAGAACGCCUAAGCCUGGAAGGCGCUGCCGUUGUCAUUUCCAGUCGGGCUCAGAAGAAUGUAGACGACGCCCUCGAAUAUCUCAGGUCAAAAAGUGAUUCAAAGAUAGAGGGCUUGGUGUGCGAUGUUGCUGACAGGGACCAUCAACGAAAACUCGUGGAUUUCACGAUCGAGAAAUUCAAUAAGAUCGACAUUCUGAUCAACAACCAUGCUAUCAGUCCAGUAUUUUGCCAUAUUCUUGAGUUGGAAGAAAAGGUUUGGGAUAAGCUAUUCCAAGUGAAUGUUAAAGCAGGUUGGCAACUAUCAAAGCUAGGAUUCGCCACCUACGGAGUGACUAAGAGUGCGUUGAUUGGUCUCACGAAAGCUUUAGCCGUUGCUUUGGCCAAGGAUAAGAUCCGCGUCAACGCUAUUGCACCAGGAAUCAUAAGAACUGAGAGAGUCAACGCGGUUUUGGAUGGCACUGUAGACAAUGCCGACAGAACAGCUGCUGCUACUAGAGAAGUUGUUGAAAUUCCGCUGGGGCGAGUGGGUGAACCCAAGGAUUGCGCUGGAGCAGUCGCUUUUCUUGUUUCCGAUGACGCACUGCACAUUACUGGUGAAACCAUUGUCAUUGCUGGUGGUGUCCAUGGAAGAUUUUGA